UCAACCAAUUAAUGCACAUGAAUAAAAAAGUAGACAAGUUAAAUAAUAAAGCAAGGUAUUAGAGAAAAUUUUCAAAUUAAAGUGAAUGAAUAGUAAGUAUUUGUGAUUAUUACGCCUGACAUUUCAUUAAAAUUCAAAAACUUGCGAGCGGUAGAGUGUAAUUAUUGAUUUUGGCAUGAUUUGGUGGUUGCAUCUGAUCUCUGCGUUCCAAAACAAUAAGAUGAUGACGAUGAGAUGAAGCAUGCGAAUGUAACAAACCAAAUGGUUACUUAACUGAUUCAAAGUACCCAAAACCAACACUGCACUUUCACCAUUUUAGAAACGUACCAGGAACAGGAACCCCCACACUGCACAGUUUCUCAAUCAGGGUGUAACAAGUUUGGUUCAGGUGUGUGCUGUUGUUGCUGUUGAGCUGAAACUCCUCUGCAUAGUUUUAUGACUUUUAUCCUUUGGCUCAGGGGCAGAGAUGCACAUUAGAAUGAUGGUGAUGGUGACUCAAACAUUGAAAACAAUUGUGUCAUCCUAUCAUGACUAUGACAAGAAUUCCCGUCUCUGUCCUUUGCCUACCGGUCCACCCAGAAGCCGUCAGAGGCACCAAAGCCGCAUUAGAACCUUGGCCGUGGCCAUAGCAGCACUUCUCAUAUCUACCACUGCUUGGCUUUCCCUUGUCUUCUCUGAUGCAACUACCUGUUGCUUUCACCGCUUAAAAGAUUGGGAAAGUAGCCCCGAAUUUUUUACUUGGAAGAAGUGCAUUUCUCAUCGCUGUGCGGAAGUAACACCCCUGCCAGUUCUCCAGCUUGGGACCAUGAAAGAUCAUCUUCAAAAUGGUAGCAGUAUUGUUCAACAGGGAGGCUUGACACUUAAACAUAUUGUUUUUGGCAUAGCAGGAUCAUCUCAGCUUUGGAAACAGAGGAAGGAGUAUGUCAGAUUGUGGUGGCGUCCCAAUGACAUGCGUGGUCAUGUGUGGUUAGACGAACAAGUGCUUGAAGGAGAUAGAGAUGAUUUAUUGCCCCCUAUCAUGAUUUCUGAAGACAUCUCAUAUUUCCGCUACACUAAUCCCAUUGGUCACCCUUCUGGCCUCCGGAUUUCUCGCAUUGUCAGAGAGAGCUUUCGCCUUGGCCUCUCUGAUGUGCGCUGGUUUGUCCUCUGUGAUGAUGAUACCAUCUUCAAUGUGAAUAACCUAGUUGAUGUUCUCAGCAAGUAUAAUUCUUCUGAAAUGAUAUACAUUGGUAGCCCCUCGGAGAGCCAUUCGGCAAAUACUUAUUUUAGUCACUCAAUGGCCUUUGGUGGUGGUGGUAUUGCAGUAAGUUAUCCACUUGCAAAGGCUCUCUCUGAGAUUCUUGAUGAAUGCAUUGAGAGGUAUCCCAAGCUUUAUGGUAGUGAUGAUCGACUGCAUGCCUGCAUUACUGAACUUGGCAUUCCACUGACAUGGGAGCAUGGUUUUCACCAGUGGGAUAUAAGAGGUGACGCCCAUGGCCUUCUAUCCUCUCACCCAAUAGCACCAUUUGUGUCGAUUCAUCAUGUUGAAGCAGUAAAUCCCUUUUAUCCUGGCCUGAGCUCUUUGGACAGCCUUAAACUUUUUACAAAGGCCAUGAAAGCAGAUCCCAAAAGCUUUUUGCAGCGUUCAAUAUGUUACGACAAUGCUCAGCAUCUAACAUUUUCAGUGUCGCUUGGUUAUGUUGUUCAAGUCCUGCCUAACAUUGUUUUUCCCCGUGAAUUGGAGCGCUCUGAAAGAACCUACUCUGCUUGGAAUGGUAUUAAUCAAAGGAAUGAAUUUGAUUUUGAUGCUAGGGAACCAUACAAUUCUGUUUGUAAAGGGCCCACUCUAUUCUUCUUGAACGAUACUAGAAGAGAGGGUAAUGCUUCUUGGGGUUCAUAUGUUCGGGGUAGAGAUAAAAGUGAUUUCAAAAAGAGAAUUUUAUGCUUUCCUCACUUUCCCCCUCUGCGCAAUGUGGAAGAGAUUCAGGUAGCAGUGCAACCUUUGAGCAAGAAUUGGCAUCUGGUUCCCCGUCGUCUCUGUUGCAGGCAAUGUCAAGCUGACAAAGAAGUCCUCCAUAUCUCAGUUGGAGAGUGUGGGAAGUGAGCUUUUAGCUCUGUCUACUGAUUAUUAUGUUGGUUGAUUAGUGAGCUGGCACAUUAGGAUUGCCCUCUUAUGGUUUGUACAUGAUUUGACCUUUGAGUGAAGAGCUAAUUCCAUGCGGCAUUUUUUACCAUGAA